CCCCUGUGGGGGGACCUCAUGUCCCCACGUCCCCAGAGGCAUCACCUGCAGUCCCCUGGGUCGUGCUUUGGUGGCAGUUUUCCCAUGAUGGUGCCUCUGGCUCUGAGGAAAUUGGGAUUUCCUCCUGCUGGAAGAGCCAGAGUUUGGAUCCUGGUUCUUUGGAUCUCUGGCUCUUGGCUUUGCCCUGCUCACUGCUGCCUGGGCUGGAGGGGAUGUCCCUGGUGCAGGUGUUUUGCUCCAGCUGCUCCGUGUCCAUGAAUUUUAAGUCUUUCCCUCGGGAUCAACUUCCCUGGCCCCAGGUGGAGGUUUGUGGCCAUGGGGGCUCAGCCUGUGUUGGAUCAGAGGGUGCUGCCCCUUUGCAUCCAUCCCUGGAUCCCAACCCAGCACAGCAUGUGGGAUGAGCAGCUGGGAAGAGGCAGGACCUGGUCGUGCGUGUGUGAGCCCCAGGGAGCUUCUGGAAGGAGCAAGGACGUUUAAUCCAGCUCUCAAAACCCCCAGGGAUUUCUCAAGCUCAGCUCCAUCCGUAGAUCCACUGGACACUGAGCCCCACAUCCCACCAGGAAUCCCCCCGUGGAGAGCCCAGGAGCAGGGUUGGAGCUGUGAGAGACCAUGGCCUUGUCCAACUGGUCGGGUUCCCUGUUUGAUGGGGAGAACUACAGUGACUACUUAGACUAUGCCUACGAGGAGAUGGGCAACGUGUGGACGGAGCCAUCCCACGACCCCAAGGACAUUGCCAGGAUCCUCUCAGUCAUCAUCUACAGCCUGUCCUGCAUCCUGGGCAUCCUGGGCAACGGCCUGGUCAUUGCCAUCAUCACCCUGAAGAUGAAGAAAUCCGUCAACGCCGUCUGGUUCCUCAACUUGGCCGUCGCUGACUUCCUCUUCAACAUCUUCCUCCCCAUCAACAUCGCCUACACGGCCAUGAGCUACAACUGGAUCUUUGGGACUGUCAUGUGCAAGCUCAACUCCUUCCUCCUCAUCCUCAACAUGUACACCAGUGUCCUGCUGCUCACCACCAUCAGCUUCGACCGUUACAUCUCCGUCGUGUUUCCCGUUUGGUCCCAAAACCAUCGUUCCACCAACCUGGCCUGCACGGUCUCUGGGAUCAUCUGGACCCUUGGGAUCAUCAUGAGCUGCCCCUCCCUCGUCUUCCGAGACACGGCCCGGGACAGGGACUCUGUGGUUUGUUUCAGCAACUUUUCCCUCUCCAGGAACAAGUCCCACCAGGCCCUGGCACUGGUGAGGCACCAGACAGUGAACAUCACCAGGUUCCUGGCCGGGUACAUCCUCCCCAUCACCAUCAUCACCUCCUGCUACGUCGCCAUCGUCCUCAACCUGCGCCGGAACCGCCUCGCCAAGUCCAAGAAACCCUUCAGGAUCAUUGUCACCAUCAUAGUCACCUUCUUCCUCUGCUGGAGUCCCUACCACCUCCUCAACCUGCUGGAGAUAGAGCCCCAGAUGGUCCCACGCUCCGUGUUUGAGGUCGGGAUCCCCCUCACCACAGCCCUGGCUGCCUCCAACAGCUGCAUGAACCCCGUGCUCUACGUCUUCAUGGGCCAGGACUUCAAGAAGUUCAAGGUCACCAUCUUGUCCAGAUUGGUGAAUGCCCUCAGUGAGGACACAGCUCACUCCAGCAUCGUCCACAGGAGCUUCUCCAAGAUUUCUUCCAUGACUGAGAAGGAGACCACAGUCCUCUAAACUCUAAACUGGUGGCCACCACUGGGAGCAGCAGCAGCAGAACUGGUGAUAGGUGCUCUGCUGGUGUCCUCUGCCCCCCAGCCCUGUGUUAAACCCCCCCAGCCUCGAUGGACUGGGACAUCUCUGGGCCUUCUGAGUUGCCAGGGUGGCAACUGGGCUUGGACACAAGGUCAUGGAUAUGGAAAAGUGGGAGAAAAAAGAAGGAAAGCUGAAUUUCCAGUGUCCUGCUCUGAUGGGCACCUUGCACCCCCUGGUACCUUUGGCAGAGGGGUUUUGUUGGUUGGGAUUCUGAGUCCCCAGGACUCCAAGCCAAGUGCUAGGGAGCUGGGAAGGCUUUGGGAUGAGGAUGGGAAGAAGAAACCCAGGCUGGACUUCCAGUUGCUGCCCCCCUGAGCCAAUUCUCCUGGGAUCUCAGGAGCUCCUUUUCCCACCUCCUGGCAGCUGCCCCAACACAACCCACUCAAAGUGCAUCCCUACAAACCAGAACCAGGGCAGGAUCCUCAGUACAGGUGCCACCUUCUCAGGGGGGUUCCCCUCCUCCUCUCAACCCCCCCAGGAAUCACCCCAACCCCUGGGACACCACGGGACACCAUGGGACACGUCAUCUCCCUCCCCCUCUCUGGGUUCUUUUGCAGAGGUUUUGUUGCCCCCAAGAUGUUGAGUUGUGGGGUCUUGGAGCUGUUCUGGUGUCCCUGCUGCCUCCCUCCUCCUCUUCAUUAAUGUCACCAGGAGGUUAAUGACACCACAGCCACCUCCAUGUGACAAUUGCAGUGUCCAGAGCUGGGGCCUGAGGGCCAUGGCCAAGCUUCCUCAGUGCCAUAUCCACCCCUAUAUCCAGCCCUGAGACCCCAACCCCAGCCCAGCACCCCCCUUGCACCCCACCACCCAGCUGAGCAGGAUGUCAUCAGCUCUGCAUGGGAAAUGAUGGAGAAAGGCUGUUUUUUUUUUUUUUCCAAGGGGAAUAUAAAUGUUAAUAUUAAAUAUAAGUUUAUCAACCCCACCUGGUUAAAAAAAAAACCACAUAAAUAACCCCCACCCCCUCUGUUUAGGAAUUAAAUUAAAAAAAAAAAAUGGGAAUUGCUGUGAAAUAAAGGCAAGGAGCUUCAGUAAUCCUUAAAGCCAUUGGA